GGUCCUAUCACUCGUCUGAAUGGAUGUGGACCUAAAUGUAUGGCUUACCCAAACCUACAGGACCCUCCCGACUGGCAAGAGAUUCUCAAAUACUUCCGUGGCUCCGAACUGCAAAAUUAUUUCACCAAGGUGCUGGAAGAUAAUCUGAAGGCCUUAAUCAAGCCCCAAUACGUCGACCAUAUCCCAAGAGCUAUCAAAGGCAAGAUGUCGGUUUCACAGAUGUUGGAUUCCAAGCUCGAGCUGGAUAACAAACAGCUGAUGUGCGAUGAACUCGAGUUGAACCAGGUUCUGGAGAGAGAGGUGUCCCAACUUUCUGGUGGAGAACUACAGCGUUUUGCCAUUGCGAUGUCGUGUAUACAGAAAGCUGAUGUAUACAUGUUCGACGAACCGUCCAGUUAUCUCGAUAUCAAGCAGCGUCUCAGAGCCGCAGAAGUAAUUCGGUCUUUGCUGACCCCAGAUUGCUAUGUUGUUGCUGUUGAGCACGAUCUUUCUGUCUUGGAUUAUCUCUCCGACUUUAUCUGCUGUUUGUAUGGAAAACCGUCCAUGUAUGGUGUUGUAACCAUGCCUUCAUCAGUCCGAGAAGGAAUCAACAUCUUCUUGGACGGCUUCAUCCCCACCGAAAACUUGCGGUUCCGAGAAGAGUCGCUUUCCUUCAAAAUGGUUGAAACGGCGGAGGAAGUCAUUGUCGAGAAGACUGCGCAGUACUCGUAUCCUGCGAUGACGAAGACCCUAGGCGGCUUCAAGCUUUCCGUCGAGGCUGGAAGUUUUACCGACUCGGAAAUCAUCGUCAUGCUUGGCGAGAACGGUACCGGGAAGACCACCUUCAUCCGCCUUCUUGCCGGGGACACGCCUGACGUCGAGACCGACAAGCAGAGUUUGUCGGUGUCUUUGAAACCCCAGACGAUUUCUCCCAAGUUCCCUGGUACCGUCCGGAUGCUGUUGUUGAAGCGGAUUAAGCAGGCAUUCAUGCACCCUCAAUUCCAAACUGAUGUUCUCAAGCCUAUGAACCUCGAGAACAUCAUGGAUCAAGAAGUGAAGACGCUGUCUGGUGGUGAAUUACAGCGUGUUGCCAUCGUUCUUGCUUUGGGCGUGCCUAAUGUCUCUCUGUACUUGCUCGAUGAACCUAGCAGUUUCUUGGAUUCCGAGCAGCGUAUCAUAGCAAGUAAAGUUAUCAAACGAUUUGUUCUUCACGCCAAGAAGACAGCGUUUGUCAUUGAGCACGAUUUCAUCAUGGCCACCUAUCUCGCGGAUCGUGUCAUCGUGUUCGAGGGCCAGCCUGCGGUGGCUGCGACUGCCACACCACCCCAGACUCUGCUGUCCGGCAUGAACAGAUUCUUGGCGUCUCUGGAGAUUACUUUCCGUCGUGACCCCACCAAUUACAGGCCUCGGGUGAACAAGCUUCACAGUGUGAAAGACCGCGAACAGAAGGCAUCCGGAAAUUACUUCUUCUUGGAGGAUUAAAGGGAACCGGAGCUACAUGUAGCGGCGCAGCUCAGAAUACAUUCGUAGCUUGACUGAUCUCAGCACUUCAUAAGGCAGUCGAUCCUCCGGUAUUUUGCUGGGUCCUUCGUGCUGAUUACCGGGAGCUCAGUCUGGCAAUGAAGGAUUUGAGAAUGAGAUAUGAGGAUGAGAUUAGAAUGAGUGUAUUCGAUGAUAGUGUAGGACAAUUAGAGCUGAAAAGAAAAGAAUGUGGUAGUCCUGU